AGUCCAUUCGCAGCUAGCUAGUAACAAAAGCGCUUGCUUGAUUACUUGCGAUUUCAUUCUCUGUGCUCCAUCUGAGCUCACGUCGGCUGCCAUGGCGAGGAUGUCCGGCGAGAGGCUGGCACUGGCGGCGGUGCUUCUCUGCGCGGCGGCGGCCAUGGCCGCGGCGCAGGAGGCGUCGGGCGUGCGCGCCACGUACAACUUCUACCGCCCGCAGCAGAACAACUGGGACCUGAACGCCGUCAGCGCCUACUGCGCCACCUGGGACGCCGGCAAGCCGCUGUCCUGGCGCAGCAAGUACGGCUGGACCGCCUUCUGCGGGCCCGUCGGCCCCACCGGCGAGGCCGCCUGCGGCAAGUGCCUCCUGGUGACGAACACGGCGACGGGCGCGGCGAUCACGGUGAGGAUCGUGGACCAGUGCAGCAACGGCGGGCUGGACCUGGACUACGACACGGCGUUCAGCAAGAUCGACACCAACGGCCAGGGAGUACAGAACGGGCACCUCACCGUCAACUACCAGUUCGUCGAUUGCGGCGACAACUGAUAAAUAAUUGACUGGUGGUACGAAUUAUUGAGAUAAUCAAGUUAUCUUGCUGAAUAUAUCUCAAGUCAUCACGUUGAAUAGAAUCAAGUGCUCGAUGUCGUGCAUCAUACCAUGUACCGUACUUAAUUAAACCGGAAUAAAGUGGAAUAAAUUGAAUUGUA